AACAUGAUGAACAGGACUGAAGGGACACACUUCCUCCUGCUGGGACUCACUGAUAAUCCAAGCCUACAGCUUCCCCUCUUCAUCACCUUCCUCCUCAUCUACACAGUCACCCUUGUGGGGAACCUUGGAAUGAUCCUGUUGAUUUUGACGGACUCACGGCUCCAUACUCCCAUGUACUUUUUUCUAGGUAACUUGUCUCUGGUGGACUUUUGUUACUCUUCAGCAGUCACUCCAAAAGUCAUGGGUGGUUUUCUUAUAGGAGACAAGGUCAUUUCCUAUAAUGACUGUGCUUCUCAGAUGUUCUUUUUUGCAGCCUUUAUUACUGUGGAAAAUUACCUUUUGGCAUCAAUGGCCUAUGAUCGCUAUGCAGCAGUUUGCAAGCCCUUACACUAUGCUACCAUCAUGACUACAAGUGUAUGCACAUGGCUGAUCAUUGGCUCUUAUGUCAUUGGUUUCCUGAAUGCCUCCAUCCACAUUGGAGACACAUUCGGGCUCUCUUUCUGUGAAUCUAAUGUGGUCCAUCACUUUUUCUGUGACAUCCCAGCAGUCAUGGUUCUCUCUUGUUCUGACAGACAUGUCAGCGAGCUGAUUCUUGUCUAUAUAGUGAGCUUCCACAUAUUCUUUGCCUUCAUAGUUAUUUGUAUAUCCUACACAUUCAUUUUUGUCACCAUCCUGAAGAUGCAUUCAGCCACAGGACAUCACAAGGCUGUGUCCACCUGUGCCUCCCACUUCACUGCAGUCUCCAUUUUCUAUGUAACUAGUAUUUUUAUGUAUGUACAGCCCAGUUCCAGUCAUUCUAUGGACACUGACAAAAUUGCCUCUGUGUUCUAUACAAUGAUCAUCCCCAUGCUGAAUCCUCUGGUCUACAGCCUGCGGAACAAAGAGGUGAAGAGUGCAUUCAAAAAAAUUUGUUCUGGAUGCAAAAUUAUCUUUUUGACUCUGAUUUAUCAUUUCAGAGAUUCAUGA